CAACAAGGUUGAUUGAUCCCCAGAGGAAUUCUGGUAAUUAUAAAACACAGAGAUGGCUCGCGUUAAUUAACAAUCCAAUUACGCUUCCGUACAUUUUAUUUUUUUUCACCCACAUUGUAAUCUUCCAAUCUCUCCAUCUCUUUCUCAUUUAAAUCAUGUCAUCUUGUAACGAGGUGUAAUCAGUGUGAUAAUACACGGGCCAGCCAAUUAAAAUGCGUCAGUAUUAUUACUUCUCAGCUUUCGAAAACCCCUUAACACACACCUACCACUCUGAUUAUAUAAUCUCUGUGGGUUAGGAAGCUCAGAUAAGAGAUAUGGCUGCUAGUUUGUGAGAUGACCAACUCUCUUUCUCUCUUUUGCUUUCCAAACUCUCCCUCACAUCCUGUCUCCUUUAUCUUUCUCUCUCUUUUCUUAUCAAACACACAAGGUCUGCAGCAACGGAUGAGGAACAUCGUCUGCGUACGCGCGCGCGCCAACUGUCUGUGCUCUUGUUAUAUGUGUGUGUGUGUGUGUGUGUGUGUGUGUGUGUGUGUGUGCAGUGCGCGCACACAUGUGCCUCUCUCAGUGAUGUGAGAAAUCAAGAGGGACAUAUCUCUUAAGCCUCCUUGUGGUGGGAUUUCAAUUUGACGCAAAACGUAGCGCGCAUCUUCGCUCUCACACACUCUCCCUUGCAUGUGUGUGCGCGUGAGCGUGUCCGCUCGCUCGCUGCAGCUCCGGCGUUGGGCAGACCCUCUCACUGCUGCACUUCAGCCAAUGUGGAACAACUCGUCUGCAGCCGGCCGCCUCGCAUGGCUCCUAAAGAAACGGAUAUGCCCCAGUGCCACGGGAGACUGACGCCUUCACUGUCUUCCUCUCCUCCGCUAAUGGUCCUCUUAGGGAGUUAUGGUCAGUAAGGAGGCAGGCCGCUGCACUCUGUCAAGCUCAGAGUCUGACUCGGAGUCUGGCGGGCCUUCGUUGGAGCGAGGCGGAACAGACGCGGUACGCAAGCGAAACAAAGCCCUCCAGGUACGUUUUAAAGACAUCUGCGAGGCGCAGAAUGAGGCCGCCCACCGAGGUGCCAGGGACCGCUCUGUUUCCUGCAAGGUCAUCCACCGGAGGUACAUGACCAUGCCGGCACGCCGUUCCAUCCCGAAUGUCACCAAGAGCACGGGUGUGCAAACCUCGCCCGACUUGAAAAAGCGCUACCAGACUUUCCCCUUCGAGCGCAAGAAGGGAAAUGUUAUCAAACACACCGCUCUGGUGGAGAAAUACCCGGAUCAAAACAACGGCUUUCUGAGCGACGUGAAGGGUGGGGAGCGAGCGGCAAGGUGUGACGGGCGGGUGCAGCAGACCCGAGUGUUGCUCCACACUACGCCGCAGUGCAGCGACGCAAAGGACUUAUGCGCCGGGCCAGACUGCUCGGAUGGAAAACUCUGCCCCGAUCCAUCAGAUACGAGUUUGGAUCAGUCAGACUCGAGGAGAGACGCCAAUGUCCCAGGGAGUGGGGCCAAGCACAAAGGAUUACCCAGUGAGAGCGAGGCAGGGGCAGGCCAGCAGCCCAACUGUGCCUCCUCGACCACGCCGACACAACCUCUGCAGGUCAGGGGUGACUGUUCAAAGAUUUCCGGCCCUAUUGCGUGGACGUCUUUGACACAAGUGGAAUGCCUGGAGAGUCCCUCAGGGAGCUGCAAACGCAAAAAAGACACGGCGCAGCUGAACGGAUUGCAGGCGCGGUCUCAGGCUUUGCCUCAUUCGGCGAGCUGUGCUUCCCAGGCCCACAUACAGGCCCACUGUCACAGUGGCCAAAACUCGGGCACCGCAGAGACCAGGCAGGGCACACGGGGGCAGAUGAUCGCUCUCCCUGGGGCCGAUGGGAAUGCGAAAGCCAGGCUUCAAGCCAUGGAGGCUCUGAUCAGCUCCAGUCAAGAAACUAUCAAAGUGCUGCUGGGGGUCAUUCAGGAACUGGAAAGAGGAGAAGCACAGCGAGAGGGAUUGUCAUAUCGAACUGGGCAGGAUACAGCUAACUGUGACACGUGUCGAAACAGUGCCUGCAUCAUCUACAGUGUGGAACUAGAUUUUAAACUUCAAGAAGACAAACUGCAGCCCUUAAUGAAGAGACUGUGUCCAUUAGAAGAGCCGUCCUACCCGUCUCUGCCUUACACACACGAAGUGUUCACCUCCACACCCAAACGUAAGUCCAAGACUGAGUCCAAGAAGCACGCUCGAUGGAAACUCUGGUUCCUCUAACAUAUGGAUUCAGGAAACCUUAAACCAUCAGGCCACCUCAACGAGCAAAUUCUAGUGGAAUUCUGCUUUACUAAAUGGAUAAACAUGGAGAAAUGCUCACUGCUAGCCACCGUUUUGGAACAUGCCUCACGGGAUCCAUUGAGCGACUGGAUUUUUAUAAGGAAUAACAGUUGUUUUCUAAUCAUGACCCUCUGAUAAACCCUCUGAGUUUGGGAACUGCUGAAUUCACCCGAUCUCACGAUUUCCAAAGGGAUUACACAAUGAUCCUUAGGUUUAGACAAGUUAGCAAGGAUCCCCGCAGAGACGACAAGAAACUUCAAAGCUAAAUGAUAGUUUGCCACAAAACUACUUUGGAGCCGUACAUCAAAGACAUCUAAUCAGUAAAGCACAAACUUUUGAGAGUUAUAAAGUAGAUUUGAUAGCUGAGAUAUACCUCUGUCUGUUUCUUUCUUGCUUUCUUUCUUUCUUUCUUUCGAAAGACUCUCACAUCUUCAAUUUAAAUGAAAAUUGGUUAUCAUUCAAUGACAAAAUAAAUGAAGUUAUACCUAGUGAGUAAAAGCAGAAUCAGUUGAUGGCAUGCACUAAUAAUCAAUGACUUUGUAGAGAUAUUUCUCCAGAAAAAUGUUGAGGAUGUACAAUUAGUAUGUCAGAAGUGGUUAGGCUGUAAAUGUAUAAGUGAAAAUGGGUUUACACAGUUGCUGUUAAAAAAAGUAGAAAAAUGUUUUUUUGAAAAAUUAUGAAAAUACUGUGAAUUGUCUUUAAUUUAUAUAGAUUACUGCAUCAAAUAAUGGGCCAUAAGGAAAAAAAUGGGCCAUGAUGAGAAAGGAAAUGAACAGUGUUGCAGUGUUUCAGGCCUGAAAAUAUUUUCUUGGGAAUAUGAUGCUGUGUUUACAGGACAGACAUGAAACCCAGGUCAUUUUUUCAGUAAAUAUAUUUUUCAGACUCAUAAAGAUGCUUGAGAAUAUGACUAAAUUGGCUGGAAAUUGGUUACAUAUAAUAUGUCCCAUGAUGAAAAAGUAUGAGAACACCGUAAAUCUAUUUAGAUGAACAUUGUUUCGUGUUAUAUGGUGGAAAGUGCACAACUUCAGAACACAAAACAAUAGAUAUAGGCUCUAUCCUAUAGCACACACACCACUCUGUUCGAACUGACGUGUCAUUUGCUCAAUUAAAUUUGAAUAUGACGGCUGUCAAUCACUGAAAUCUUGUGCUUGUUAAAGCAAUGUAAUGAAACGAUCACAACACACAAUUUGGGAAGUAUAAUAAAGCAGGUCACAUA